AUGGGAAUGUCUGCGUGCUGUCCGGCCUGGGAGAGCGGCGGGCCCCCGAGCCCGCUGCUGGCGCUCGCGGAGUGCGACGCAUUCGUGGAGGCGCUGUUGCCCGCGCAGGGGCCAGGCCCGCCCCCAGAGCAAGCCCUCCACGGCUGGCGCUUGGCCGCUCUUGGCGGCGCGGGCCCCGGCGCCACCGAGUGGAACCCCCUGGCUUUCCGUGCCGUCUUCUCCGUUGCGCCUGAGGGUGCCGCGUCCGAGGCGUUCCCUCCUUAA